UGCGCACAUUUCAACAUCGGCGUUUGGACGGCCAUUUCUAAGCAACAGCUUCAUAUCAGAGUCAUUUCAGUAUCCUCUACCAGUGCGAUGGCACCGCUCGGUAACCAGUUUGCGGCUGACUGCGACAAGCAACCCAGCAAGCGCCCGCUCACAGGGGCCCUCGCUUGGGCAGACAUGGAAGACGACGAGCCAACGCUCCUGCUGCUGGCAGACCUCGUUCCAGCGACCGGUUCUACACGCAGCGACCUCCUGCAGCCGUGGUGGGCCCCCGAAGUCAGCAAGCCGCUGUCGCCAGCAACCGCACUUGGCACGCAGACGGUCCCACUGCUGCUGACGCGCGGAGCACAGGACAGCGUCCCGCCUCUAGUAGCUGCGGGCUUCCGCACGCCACUCACCGCAAAGUCGAGACCGUUCAUCUCCAGGCACGGUGAGCCUGAUCCCGUGAGCCAGCGGACGCGUGCGCCUCUCGGCAAGCCUGAUCCUGGAGAGGACGGCACGCAGGCGGGCGUCGCAACGGAGAUUUACACCACGGUGAUGGUGCGCGGCAUUCCCUGCACCUGCAGCCGCGACAUGCUGGUCAGCUUGCUGGAUGCCCACGGCUACUCGGGGCAGUUCGACCUGGUGUAUCUUCCGGCGCAUUUCGAUACCUCCGAGACCCACGGGUGUGCGUUCGUAAACUUCACCCAGCCGGCGGCCGCGGAGCGCUUCAGGUCAUUCUUCCACGGCUUCGACGGUCACCCGUUCUCAGCCUCCAGGCCCUGCAGCGUGUCUUGGAGCCGGCUGCAAGGGCUCGAGGCAAACGUUGAGCACGUGACCGAGCAGUGGCGGCCGCUGCUGCCCUGCGGCGGGCUGCCGCGCCCCUUCCCAGAGCCCACCGCGCAGCGCAGGGUGCGCGCGAACUUCCGGAGGAGGACGACGACGGCGUCGCUUGACGCAGCACCCGAAGAGGGAAAAGCAGCACGAACAUAA